AUGAAACAGCCCACCGCCAAUAAGCUACUCAAAGGCGCAGCAAUUGGGCAGUCUGGCCGACUGGAGAUAGUUAAUAACGCAACUUCUACUUUGGCAGACAAACUUGGUCUUGUUCCCGAUGAGCUGUCUAGACCUCUGACUGACAAGAUGACAGAGGUCUAUGAAAACAGCCGACGAAUUGGAAUCCAAGCGAAAGAGCUUUCUACAAAAACAGCACAACUCAAGGCUUUAACCGGACAAUGGAAAACUCUAUCUUCAGGCGUUGAAAAUAAAGUCAAAGAGUUUGGAGAUGUACAAAAUUGGGCAGAGAUGAUUGACCAAGACCUGCGCGUUCUCGAGGAAACUAUUAAACAGGCAAAACGGCUGCGGUAG